AAAUUAUUUAAUAAAAACCAAAUAGAAAAACUAACUAUAAAAUAAGUGAUAUUCCUUUUUUAAAACCUAAGAAAAUAAAAAUGUAAAAGGACUCUUAUUAUUUUCAUAUAAAUAACUAAAUUUCCUUUUUAACAGAUAAAUGUAUACAAAAAUAUAAACCAAAAUAAAUAUUAUUUUCACAUAUGUAUUUAGGUUUAAGUUUCCACAUAUUAUUUUCACAAAAAAUAGCAUUUACAAGAAAAAUAGUAUCUAAGUAUUUUCUGUUAAUUUCUGUAAACAACUCAAUUUUUUAUCAUCCUUAUUACAUUUUAUGAUGCUAACACAAUUUUUUUUUAAUUAUGAUGUUUUUGUCGUAUAUACGUAUGUGUGAAUAUGAGGAAUAUAUAUGUUUGUAUGUAUAAGACACAAUAUAUAAUUGACUAAACAUAAUUUUUUUAUUGAAAAUAUAUUAGUUGUAUAAAAAUCUUAAACAAAAACAAAUUAUAGUUAGAAUUAUUUUUUUUUAAAAAAAGUUAAAAGUAACGUAUUUCUUAUAAAUAAUUAAAUUUUCUUUUUAAUAGAUAAUUUUAUGUUAAACAAUUAUAAACCAAAAAUAACUUCAAAUAUUUCACGAUAUGAUUGUCACAUUUGUACAAAACAAAAUGUGUAUGUAUUAAUAAAAAUCUAUCAUUAUGUGAAAAUAACUUUUUUUUCUUAAAAUCUUAAAUAAAAGAAAUUUUAAAAUAACUUUUUCCUCUUUUAAUCUUAACCAAAUAAGAUUGUUUCAUUUUAAAUCCUGACCAAAUUGAAUUGUAAAAGUAAUUUUUACUUUUAAAAUUUAAUGAUAAAUGUGAUGCUGAAAAUAUUUAAUUAAAAAUAUUAGUGAUAUUGAGAAAACUAAUUUUGAAAAGAAAAACUUUUUUAAAUAGUUAAUAUUUGCUGGAAAUAAUGAUUUGAUAGUGUUUUUAUUUUCUAAAUCCUAGAAAAAAAAUUAUAAAAAAUUAUGUAAUUUUAAUUUUCUUUUCCAACACCCUUAAACUGUAAAAAAUAUUUGAUAGUUCUUUUCCUUAAAAAGAAAAUCCUAAAGAAAAGAGAUUUGUAUCAUAUUUUUUAAUUCCUAACCAAAAGAAAAUUGUAAGAAGUUAUUUGAUAGUAUAUUUUAAGAGAAAAUUUGAUGAUGAACAUGAUACCAAAUUUAUUUAAUUAAAAAUGAAGUGUAAAAAAGUAUUGAUAUGAACUGUAAAAAUCAUAAUUUUAAAAUUAUUGAAUAGUAACUAGAAAUAAUUAUUUUAUAGCAAUAAGAUUUUUUUGAAUGAUGACCAAAAAAAUAUUUUUCUGAAAUUCUAAACAUAAGAUAAUUGUAAAAGUUUAUAUGAUAAUACUUUUCCUUUUCUAAAAUCGUAAACAAUAAUAUAAAAAAAAAUUUCAUAGUUUUUCUUUUUUUUUAAUUGUAAAUAUAAAUGAGAUUUGCAAAAUAUAUUUGUUUCCUUUUUAAAAAAAUCCUAACAAUAGUAAACAUACCUAUUUAAUAGUAUUUAAAAAAAAACAAAUUUAUGACAAGUAAAUUUCUAAAGCUAUUAAAUUAACAAAAAUCAAAACUUAGGAUAUUGGCGUGAUUGGUAUUUAUGUGUUUGGUUAUACGAAAAUUAAACACACUUUUGAUAUAUAUAUAUAUAUAUAUAUAUUCUCAUGUUUGCUCAUAAAAAUUUACUAUUAUUAUUGUCACCGUACAUAUGUUUAGUCAAAAACAAAUAAAGCUCAUAUUUUUAUUUUUUUACUAUGUAGUAGUUUAUAAUUCAUUUUAAUUAAAAUGUUAUUAUGAAAAUAUAUCAUUAAUAAGUAAUGAAUCAAGAAAAUUAUUUAACAACAGAUUAGUUUAAUAAAACAUUAAAUUAUUACAUAAUAAAGUGUAUAAUGUUGUCAUUGCUUCUUGGCCUUAUUUAACUUCCAGAUUCCUUUUUAUUUCAUUAUAAUUAUUAUUUCGGAUUGGAUCCGGUUUAAAUUUUUACAUUUGAAUGUUUUUUCUAGCUCUAACAAAUAUUAACUGAAACUUAUGUGUGAAUAAGGGUUUUUAACUAUAAAAUAAAUUUGACAUAACAUAUGCAAAACAAUUUUAAAACAAUAAUAAAAUGAUUUUUUAAUAUUUUUUAUUAAAUUAAAAUAUCAAUUAAAUUCCGUUGCAACGCACGGGUCCAAAUCUAGUAAUUAAUAAACCUAGGUUUUUGUAUUCUUUGUCUUUUCCUAUUUAUUUUAUAUAUGUGUCUUUGGAAAUAAUUAAUUUCAUGUAUAAAUUUCAUAAUUAAAUACAUACAUUAUAUGGUAACUAUUUUACUAAUUUCACAUAAUAUAUAGUAUAAACAACAAUUUUACUAUUAAUUAUCAUAAAAUUUUAAUCCAUAAAUAGUACAUACAAAAAAAAUUAUUAUAUAUUAUCAUAAAAUUUUGAUCCAUAAGAAAAAUAAAAAAUACAUUUGUUCCGGUAUACAUGUCAUAUUCUAAAAACGUUGAUCAUACAAUUGAUGGUUUACAGGAUAAAAUAAAAUUACUCAAUAUAAACAAGAAAAACAUUGUGUUUAAAAAUGUCAUAUUUAAUAUUUAUAUGAACAGGUAAAUUUUAAACUAUAUAUCAUAACUAAUACAAAUAAAAAUUUAUUUAUAAAAAAUAAAAAUAAACAUCCGCACGGACGCACGGGUAAAGCUCUAGUUUGACUUUAAAACUAUAUCACUGAUCUUUCAAUAUCUCAUUAAUAUUUUUGAACUUGGUAUAAUUUGAGAUGGCACUGAAACUAUGUAUUAUCAUUAUUUUAUAUGUAUACUAAUAAGAUAUAAUAGCGUUCCAAAAAAAAGUAAUAAGAUAUAUUAAGAGAUGUUAAUGCAAACAUUUAGAAUAAAAAGACAAACAUAAAAUGAAACAUAACCAUCUUGUAAUAAGAGAUAUAUAUGUAAGCUUUGUUGAUAGAAGGAAAACAUCAGCAAAGCUUUUCAGAAUUCAAGUUCAUUAAUUUCAUCAUCUCGCCAAUGCUUAGACCAGGGCAAUCCCCGUUGCUCUUUGCAGAAGCUGCAACCUUGAGUACAUGUGAUAAAUUUAUCAAGCUUCUGAGACGCUGCUUGUACAUAAUUGUCAAUAGGCAACGGGUCACCAUACUAAGCCAAGUCUUUGCAAUAUGACAGAUUAAGGGUCCGAGGUUUUGGAGGCCUGUGAUUAGCAAUAGUACUCCUGCAGUUUUGACGAAAGAGCAUCACAAACUCAACCUCUUCAGAUUCUUGAACUCACGAUUAAUUCCACUCACAUACUCUAUCCAACCCUAAAAGUAUCUAAGUUUAUAUUAGUAAAGUUAGAAAUUUUGGGCUAAAUCCUUAUGGGAAUAAAGUUUGUUUGGGACUCGUUGGAUCAGGUUUGGGCUAACCUAAAAACUAAAAUAAACAUUUUAUCUAAAUAGAGUUUUGUUUAAAGUUUUAAAAUUUGAAAUAUUAUUUAUUCAUUCUUUAUUUAUCAGAUUUUAAUAAUAUUGUAUUUGUAUUUUCGUUUGUAACAAAUAUUUUGACGAUAAAUAUUCAAGUGUUAAAUGAAAAUUAAAUUUUGUCGAAAAUAUAAUCAUGUGUUUUAAAAGUAUAGAUGGUUUUUAAGCAAAAAAAAAAAUUGAAUCUGCGUUGAUUAUUGCACUAUGCUUUUAGGUUUAGGGUACAUAUAGUAUUUUUAUAUUAGAGGAAAAAAAUUUAGAAAAGGAAGUGCGAAAUGAGAUUCAUGGUUUUUUUAAUAUCAGGAGGUUUGGGGCCGAAGUUCAUAUCCCUCUCUAACCCUUAAAUCACAGCAUGUUGUGCAUGUUAUAUUAAUUUCAUCCCAGCGGUCAUUCGAACUCGGAACCUCUGGCACAAUGGUCAUCGUAAGUUGGAACUGGGAACUGGAAAGUUGAGCUAAUGACCUCUGGUAAUGAAAUUCAUGUUAUUAAAAGAACUACUUCAAAGCCUGUUCACAUUGGAACGGGAAAGUCUUAUACACAGUCUAACGGAUAAAAAUCAGAGACUCGUCCUUUUGUAUCUUGUGCAAUAUGUUUUUCCAGAUCACACCGUACAACAUAUAGAGAAAACGGAAUGUUCAUCGUCACAUUAAGGAACGCAACCACUUUUGGUAGACUCGUCCAAAAUAUAGACAAAAAAGGGGCAAAACCAAAAAUGAGGAAGACUUUCUGAUACGUCAUCUAUUCUUCAAAUACUCCAUUUCAAUCACGGCUAACUUUGGAUUUCUUUCCAAAUGUGUGAUUAAAAAGUAAGUAUACUUUGAUGACAUAUGUAAUCAAAUCAAUUUUUGUAAAUCUUCCAACAUAUAUAAAAAUCACGAUGCCACCGUUUCUUGCAAGAAAGUGAAUCCCUUUGUUUAGAUUUUACGGACAGUUCUCAUCGAAAUCAAAGGAGCAGUGAAAAAAGCGCAGUAACCACUAUGUGUAUGUAAUCAUCAUAUUAUGCACUCGCAUAAACAAACCUACAUAGUACUAUUGGUGGAAGUUUAGAUCUUAAGAGCAGCUCAAUUCUUAUAAGUCAAGCAAACUCAUGUGAGACGACCGUUCUUUUAGGAUCUUUACCUUAAAGCAUGGAUCAAAUUGACUCUUUAGUUUAAAUCUAAGUACAUGAAUGCAUUCACUCGCUCUUGUAUACGCGUCUGCAUUUAUGUGGAGAUAUAAUAUAUGGUUUUUUUCCAUCUUGAACUUUCCUCCCUCGAUUCAUUUAACCCAAUCAAGAAAAGAGGGCACAGAGUUGACCUUUCUUUAAUAUAUAUUCCAAUUUAUGACUGUACGAAGAGUAUUUCUUUUAUAAACUUAAAUUUGUUAUCUCUUUUUUAUCUUUUAGUUAAUCAUACGUUGAGGUACACCAUAUCCUAUUUAUACAUAUGGUCAAAUAUGUUAAGGCAGACCAUACCCUAUCAACUUAUAAGACAAAUUUGCAUUAUUAUAUAUUAUAUACAGUAAAGUCGGUUCUGAUUUUGUUCUAGGUGAGAAACAUUUAAGAAAUUUCCAAGAAACACUGUCCACCCUUACAUGAAAUCUAAGUUGGUCUUUCCAUAAUAACUUUAACUUCUCGACAACCUAUACAUGCAUGUGCGUAUAAUAUUAUAAUGUUAUAUAUAGUUUCCAGACCCUUUAUCGAAACUGAAGUUAUAAAUGGUUGAUUCUUUUUUAAGUCUUGUUCAUUUGAUUUUUAAGCAGAAUAACAAUCGUUUUCAUAAGUUUUCAUCAAAUCCAAGAAAAUAAGAUCGGAGAUCUCAUGAUGAUGAGCAAUCUAAAACUCGGGGUAGACGUGAUCGGAGCACACAAUCUCUUCCCAAAAGACGGUCAAGGAACCGCAAACGCUUUCGUUGAACUAUACUUCGACGGUCAGAAGCACCGAACAACCAUCAAAGAUCGAGACUUAAACCCGGUUUGGAACGAGAGUUUUUUCUUCAACAUCUCAGAUCCUUCUCGACUACACUAUCUCACUCUUGAAGCUCAAGCUUAUAGCCACAACAGACCUACUAAUGGACGCUUCUUCCUUGGUAAGGUAUCUCUCCCAGGGACCUCUUUUGUCCCUCAUUCUGAUGCUGUUGUUCUUCACUUUCCCAUGGAGAAACGUGGGAUUUUCUCUCGUGUGAGAGGUGAGCUUGGUUUGAAAGUGUACAUAACCGACGAAGCAUCUUUGAAAUCCUCUGCAACCACUCAUCCAGAUAACCUAGAUCCGUCGCAACCAACAAUUUCAGCAUUGAAGGUAGAACAUAGAUCUGAUAGACGUCAUGUCUUUUACAAUCUCCCAAAUAACGCUCAAGAACAUCAACAGCAACAACAUCCACAAGGACCUAAUCAACCUUCUUCUUCAGCCGCUGAACCGGAUAAUCACAAUGAGCAUCAUCAGCAUUACGUUCCAAAGCAUCAAGCAGACGAGAUGAGACCGGAACCAGCACCACCUUCAAAGCUAAUCCAUGCACAUUCAAUUGCUUCGGCUCAGCCUGCGGAUUUUGCGUUAAAGGAAACAAGCCCGAAUCUUGGUGGUGGAAGAGUCGUUGGUGGACGUGUAAUACACAAAGACAAAACCGCUAGGAGUACUUAUGAUCUUGUCGAGAGAAUGUAUUUCCUCUAUGUCCGCGUCGUCAAAGCUCGUGAGCUUCCUAUAAUGGAUAUAACAGGGAGUGUUGAUCCUUUCGUCGAGGUGAAAGUAGGGAACUACAAAGGAAUCACACGACAUUUUGAGAAGAGACAGCAUCCAGAAUGGAACCAAGUAUUUGCAUUCGCGAAAGAGCGAAUGCAAGCCUCGGUGUUGGAAGUGGUAGUUAAGGACAAAGAUCUUUUGAAAGACGAUUAUGUCGGCUUUGUUCGGUUUGACAUUAACGAUAUUCCUCUACGGGUGCCUCCGGACAGCCCUCUUGCUCCACAAUGGUAUAGGUUAGAGGACAAGAAAGGAGAAAAAAUCAAAGGUGAGCUAAUGCUCGCUGUUUGGAUCGGUACACAAGCGGAUGAAGCUUUCUCUGAUGCUUGGCAUUCAGAUGCUGCAAUGCCUGUUGAUUGUUCUCCAGCUAUCUCAGCAGUUCUACGUUCAAAGGUCUAUCACGCACCUCGUCUAUGGUACGUGCGUGUGAAUGUAGUCGAGGCACAAGACUUAGUCCCGACAGAGAAACAUAGGUUCCCGGAUGUUUAUGUCAAAGCGCAGCUAGGAAACCAAGUCAUGAAGACAAGACCAUGCCAAGCUCGAACCCUUGGUGCGGUAUGGAAUGAAGACUUUCUAUUUGUUGCAGCAGAGCCGUUCGAAGACCAUUUGGUUCUCACCGUGGAGGACCGGGUGGCUCCAGGAAAGGACGAGAUACUAGGACGUACUUACAUUCCUUUGAACACGGUAGAGAAGCGAGCUGAUGACCAUAUGAUACAUUCGCGCUGGUAUAAUCUGGAGAGACCGGUUAUUGUAGAUGUUGAUCAGCUCAAGAGAGAAAAAUUCUCUAUGAGGAUUCAUCUCCGAGUUUGUCUUGAAGGAGGAUACCAUGUUUUGGACGAGUCUACACAUUACAGCAGCGAUCUACGCCCAUCCGCAAGACCACUUUGGAGACAACCCAUUGGAGUUCUCGAGCUCGGGAUCUUAAACGCUGUUGGACUCCACCCAAUGAAAACCAGAGAAGGCAGAGGAACUUCUGACACUUUCUGCGUUGCAAAAUACGGACAAAAGUGGGUUAGAACAAGGACAAUGGUGGAUAACUUGUGUCCCAAGUAUAAUGAACAGUACACAUGGGAGGUAUUUGAUCCAGCCACGGUUCUGACGGUUGGUGUAUUCGAUAACGGACAGCUCAGUGAAAAGGGAAACAGAGAUGUGAAGAUUGGGAAGAUCCGUAUUAGGUUGUCUACAUUAGAGACUGGUCGGAUCUACACACAUUCUUAUCCACUGCUCGUUCUUCACCCUAGUGGGGUUAAGAAGAUGGGCGAGCUGCAUAUGGCCGUGAGGUUCACAUGCGUCUCGUUCGCAAACAUGCUUUAUCAAUACUCUAAACCGCUUCUGCCCAAAAUGCAUUACGUUAGGCCGUUCUCGGUUAUGCAGCAAGACAUGCUCAGGCACCAAGCGGUCAAUAUAGUGGCGGCCCGGCUAGGCAGAGCAGAGCCGCCACUACGAAAAGAGAUCAUUGAGUUUAUGUCCGACACGGAUUCUCAUUUGUGGAGUAUGCGUAAGAGCAAAGCUAACUUCUUCCGGAUGAUGACCGUUUUCUCCGGCGUUAUAGCCGUCGGGAAAUGGUUCUCCGAUAUUUGCUCGUGGAGAAACCCUAUCACGACCGUUCUCGUCCAUGUUCUGUUUCUGAUGCUUGUGUGUCUCCCGGAGCUGAUCCUCCCGACGAUGUUUCUCUACAUGUUUCUGAUAGGACUCUGGAACUACCGGUUCAGACCGCGUUAUCCACCGCACAUGAACACGAAAAUCUCUCAGGCCGAAGCGGUUCAUGCAGACGAGCUCGAUGAAGAGUUUGAUACGUUCCCAACCACCAGAAACCCUGCCUUGGUGCGGUUAAGGUACGACCGUCUUAGAAGUGUUGCAGGGAGGAUUCAGACCGUGAUCGGAGAUCUUGCAACGCAAGGAGAGCGUUUUCAAGCUCUUUUAAGCUGGAGAGAUCCACGUGCGACCGCGAUAUAUGUUAUAUUCUGCUUUCUUGCGGCAAUGGUUUUCUUCAUAACACCGAUUCAGAUUGUUGUUGCGUUGGCUGGUUUCUACAUGAUGAGGCAUCCAAGGUUCCGGCACCGUCUUCCUUCUGUUCCAGUUAACUUCUUCCGUCGUUUGCCUGCUCGAACGGACAGUAUGCUUUAAGCCUUUUAAUUUCGUUUGAUGUAAUUUAUGUUACUGUUGGACGAUAAUUUUAUAAGUUUCUUAUUGAAAUACAAUGUUUUUGUUCAUUUGAGAAGCUUAUAAACAUUUGGAUUUCAACUUA